AUGCACCGGCCUCUGAAAAGGGGGUGGUGUGCGCAGGGACGCCCGCCAACGCCGCACCGGGAGAAACGACACUCGCGGUCGAAAAAGCCACAAGCAUCGGGAACAGGGGAGGUCAGCGCAUUGCCAGUCGACGACGGCAGCGACACGGACGCACGAGCGCCGCGCCGCAGCUCCUCACACGCUGUCGGUGCUCGUCGCCAGAGCACCGGUCUCAACGACAGCAGCCGUAGCAGCUCCGGCCACAGCAGCAGCACGGAGAGCGGCGACUACUUCGAGCCACACACUCUUAGAGAAAGCUGGCGCAGCAUCGAUGGACGGCAGCGGCGCAGAGAAUCAGCCGGGCCGCCCGCCAGCACGCCCGCUGCGCCGGCGUUUGCACUAAAAAAAGAUGGCGAGGGAGGCGCAGCCGUGCGAACAGCGCCAGCGGCCGCUGCACAAGACAUCCAGGAAAGAGAGAAGCGACACCCGCGCAGCGGCGGUGACGUUUCACCGUCGCACCGACCGCUGUACUACACACGCGGUGGAGUGCUCCUCGAGCACCCCCGACACGCACGCCCCGCCGACAGCGACGACAGCAACGGCACUAGUGGGCGCCGCGGCUUCCGCUCCCCUGUAAAGCUGCAGCGCACGUCUCCCGAACGCAGCACGCAUGCAAGCAGGAUGAUUGCAGCUUCCUGUCGCGAAGGUCCGUCUUUUCGAAGCGCGGGUAUCGUGGCGUACAGCAGCAGCUCCUCCUCCUCUAGCACUCGUAGUGCAAGCAGCAGCGGCAGUUGUGGCGGAGCCGGCGAUGGAGGUCAUACGCGGCGCACCGCCAACUUGGCCUCGCCACAGCCGCUUAUCGAUGCAAGGAAGGUAUUCAAGAUAUCGCCGAACGGCCGCCUCGCGCGUGUUCGUGGCGCAGCCUGUGCGCAGCAGCAGCAGCAGCAGCAGCGGCAAGGUCUGCCUCCUUCCACACCCAUGGCACCCACUCAUGAGCAGCAGCUCAUCGACCCAGAAGCUGUGACCGUCGCUCCAACUGCAACGGCGAUGCGCAGCGCGCUGCCGUCGUUUCUCAGCUCGGCGAAGCGCCGCUGGAGUUCUUCUGGAAUCCAUCGUGAAAGCCCGUCGGAUAAUGCCGACCUCAGCGGCAGCGACGACGACGGUAUUCAUGGAGGCUGUGCUUCUCACCACUCAGGCAGACAUGCUCGCCACGCCGCACGACUGCCGCCGCGAGACGCGGAGAACGGGGUGUUGGCUGAGGUGAUGGAUGCCUCCGCUGCAGAGACUUUGCUCAUCCGUCGAGGCGAAGGUGGAAGUAACGCCCUGGAAUCUGGGAAGGACAACGCGCGGCGUCACCGACGGCAUCAUCGCCAGGACUGCGCGCCCGCGCACGUCGUUCUCGAGAACGCGACGCCGCGGCGAGCGGACGAUGGCGCUUACAGCUACGCAAGAAAUGGCAACGGCAGCGACAGCAUGCUGCCUAACGCGGCUGAGGUGGGCUCCCCGCGCUGCGGGCGGUGGCCGUCGAAUGCGCGGUCGGCGAGAUCCUUGGAAAGCGUGGCUUCCUGGAACGUGGCACUCUCAGGUUCCGAGUUGCAGCGACAAUACGGCGCCGCCCUGAGCAGCCGUGCCAUGCAAGCGGCCUGGACUUCAUACCUGCGCCGCAGUGGUCUCCUGUCCACCUCCGAGGGUAAUGUCCGCCAGAGGGCCACUCCAGUGCAGGAUGCGCCACCGCAGAUCACACACGCGCACGAUGCACUCCCAGCGCAGCAGCGGCCGAACAUGACAACGGUCGCAGCACCCUCGGCACACAGCAUGGGGAUGGAGCCGUCGGCCGAUGCACUUGCGCUGGAAAAAGAGGUCCUCCUCCUGCGAUGCUCGCUGCUCAUGACAUACACCCUACUCGCAGCCGCGGCGGUGGACGGGCGCGAUGGCGGUUGCGUCGGCACAAAGACAGAGAGGCCGCGGCAGCACGUUGCGCGGCGCUACGCCGAGUGGACGACGGAGGCGGAGCAGCGGGCACAUGGACCCGCCAGUGCACAAGCAGGCGAGUCCGACGAGAAAGGCAGAGAGUGUCGACGCCGUCGUCAGCGCUUUACUGCGCCGUACCUGCGCGGGCCGACUCCGUGGUCGGCGCUGGAGGCUCGGUUGGCCGAGGCGGUGCAAGCAGCGGCCGAGGAGCUAGCUUUUGACAGCGACGCCGCAACCCCGCCACAGACACUCCCUCCACCGCAGCUGCUGCUGCGCGAGUCUCCACCCUACGACGUCGUCGGGCUGCCCUCUGUCUGGUAUCCGCCUGAUCGAAGCGAUGACAACGACAGCCCGUUGAGCGGGACGCUCUGGGUGUGGUUCAGCGGCGACGAUGGCGGCCAUUCGGAGGACGGCGUGGCAGGUGUCUACCUAUCGUCUUCUGACGAAGGUGGGAGGGGCGGCGGCGGCAGUGGCGCGAAGCGGCGAAGUCUCAGCGAGGACGCCACCGCAAGGCGGCGACACGAGCGCAGAAAGAGCGAAGGGCUUUCAUCCGCGUUACGGUUCCCUCACAACAGCCUUGUGGAGCGUCGGCGGCCGCAGACGUUGGCGCCGUCGUUCCGUGGUGCGUGGCGCCGCUGCUUCGUUGUCGCAGACGAUAGCGGCGUGUGCGUGUACCCCACGGAGCGCGACUACGCCGACUUUGCCAGCGAGACCCUCCUCAUGACCGUUCCGUACGUAUCGCUUGCCUACCUUGUACCGGACUUCGCUGCUGCUGCUGCUGCCGCGGCGGCAUUCGAUGACGUCAGCGCGGAGCAAGAGGAGGCGAGAUGGAGCAGCAGCAGCCAUGCAAAGCCCUCGAAUCGCCCAGGACGAGGCGGCUACCCGCUGCGGCGCCACGGUUCUCCGGAGGCCGUGCACGUUGCGACGCUUGCAGCUGUGACGGCCCAGCUUGUGACUGACACCACGUACACGUACUUUGGUUUUCUGCACUGUCAGAGAGGCAGCGUGGCCCGCCGCGCCGCAGGAAUGACAGAGGCCUCGUCCACAGCGCCGCACAAUGCUUUCGAUCAAGAGCAGGUGGAUGCGCACCCUUUUCGCUUUGCCCCUUGGCGUGUGAGCGGUGACAGUGGCAAGCGCUACGCUCACCGGCCACACGCACCGCUGCUGCUGCGCACGCAGUCCCGCGCCGCCCACGCAACGUGGGUGCACUUCUUCGCUGCGAAGUUCAACCGGCAUCUUUACGAGCUGCUAUUUCCUACAUUGUCUGCGGCGACCGCGCCAAAGUCUUCGCUUACGCUUCGUCCUCGUGGCAAUGCAGAGACGGCGGCCGUGUCCGAGGCAGGCGCUGAUGAUGUCCUGAGCGACAGCGUGCGGAAGGGGACGCAUUGCCCCCGAAGCCGCACACGAAGCCUCAGCGCCAGUUCAACGGAGCGACAGCAACAACACGCCUACGGUGGGGUAGCGUUCCCAUCCGCGUCGUCGCAUCAUCACCGGCACCACCGCCGUCACCGCCAUCAUCGCUCCUAUCGACUGCCUCACGCAGAUGAAGCGCUGGAAGAUCAGGACCGCGGCGGGGCGAAGGACGAGGCAGGCACCGGCGCCUGCGCCUUUCACCGUCUCUCCAACGCGUCCUCCGCCUCCGUCCAAGUCGGGGACUCCUGUGACUACGGCAUGCCCGCGGCAGAGACAGGGGAGAGGGCCGCUGCAGAGGCCAGAGGAGAAGUCAGAGGUGCAUCGCUCGAGAACGCGAACGAGGCACGUGAGACGUUCUCCUGGCGACCGUCAAGGACAGCAACUCCGCGACGCGAUCAUCCGUCAGGUGCGUGUGAGCCGUGGUGGGAAACGAUCGUGACCUUGCGUUACGCCCUCGCGCAGCGGGAUCAGCGUCUGCAGGAUCAAGAACGGAAGAUGGCCGACAUGGCCGAGGCACUGCGGCAGCACGCGCAGCGCGAACACAGGCUUGAAGAAAACGAGGAUAGUCUUCGCACUGCCCUGCGUGACGCACGCGACCGUCUCGCGAACGUGAGUGCAGCAGAGGGAGGCCAGGAAUGGGAGGGCCGCGCCGCGUUGAGCAGCAAGGACCACAUCAACCUCCGCCAUCUACCACCCUCUGUGUCAACGCCGCGCAAGCGGCACACGAUUAGCCCUGAUGCCUUCGAUCCAUCCAGAAGCCCCCACGCACCCGGCCCAGCCCUGCCCGGUCCGCAGCAUCAGAAGCAGCAGCGCCGGCUGGAAUCUCUGCAAGCGCAGCUGGAGGAGCUUCAGCGGCGCUACACGGAAGACGCCGUGUCGUGGCGAGCUGAGCAGGCGGCACUGGAAAGCUGCUGCCCUGACUCGGAGGAGAAACUGGCACACUUGCGCAGCGGUGCCUCGCAGCAAUCCAGCUCGCUGGCUCACCAGGUGGUGCACGAGGUGGACAAUUACCACCACGAGAUACGCCGCGGAACGGAGGCGUGCGUGGAUGCGGUAUCGUCUGGGCAGGUGCUCAGCAAUACGCUUGCCGCUACAGAAAAUAACACCAGCGUGGCGGUACACGUUGGCCGAGCCGCUAGUGAGCACAGCCGGAGUGGAGGUGCGGCGCCGCCCACCACCGUGGUUUCAGCACCAGGCAACGCCUUUGCCUCUCUCCUGCUCACCUUCAAGCCCAGCCGCGGCCGUGCUGGUGCGCAUGCCGGUGCCUGCGUCGAUGGAGAGCUUAUGGUCGAUGAGGCCAGUGCGCGACUACUGUUUAGUGGCCCCACGACGAACCAGCGUGGACGUCGCUGGGACCUGCGACAUCGCGACACAGAUGCCCUGCUUCGUAUCCAGCUUGAGUUACUGUCACGAGUCCUGGGAGACCCGCGUGCGGCGACUGGGUCGACCUCGCGCCGACGCAGUCAAGCCGCCUCCACCUCCUCCGCCCCGACGGCGAAGACGCGAGCGUCUUCCUCGUCAGCGCGCUCUCGAGCCGGCCACGCGACCCUGCCCAGGCCCACCGGCGCAGCAGCAGGUGCAUUGCUGCCCUCCCCGUCAUCCCCGCCGCCGGCCUGGUCGAUACAUGCCUAUGAUCAGAGGAACUCGCACCACUACUCUCCCUUGACUGUCUCCGCAGCCGCAGCAUCCUGUUCCACGACAUCGACGCAGCCGCGUGCACACAUGUCCUCUCUCCUGCAGACAGUAAACGUGAUGCCGCGGCACACGCGGGCCUCGCUUCUGCGGCAGGCCGCUGUGGUGCAGAAGAUUCAUGUGAGAGAGGUCGAGGAAGAGAGGAGCGACUUCAUGUAA